AUGGUCAACUACUUUCUACUAACAAAACUUGCCAAAACCCACAUCACGAAGAAACAUCCCUACUACGGGCUGGACGCCGUCGAAGUGGGGGACGCGGACGGUGGCGCCGCCACCGUCGGGGUCGGGGCCGUCGCGGGGGAUGCUGGAGAGGAGGACGUUCUCGGUGGUGGUGUCGCGGAAGGAGAGGCGGUCGACGACGCGGGAGAAGAGCUCGAGGACCUGGCGGUAGACGUGGACGAAGUCGGUGUGCAUCAUGGCGACACAGCCCCAGAAGAGCUGAGGCGAAGGAGAGACACGCACGCGUCGUUCGUGACGCGUGGUCGAAGCGCGCGGUAUAUCUGGUGGGACCGGCACGCAAGGUGUCUGGACGUGCACUCCAUGGCCCACUUGAGGGCCUCGGCGCCCCAUCUCUCUCUAAGGUCGCCCUGGAAGAAGAUGGCGUCGACCAUGCUCUGGACGAGAGCGGAUAAAAGGGCAGCGCUCGGGAGUUCGGCUCACAACCUGCUGCUUGUUCUCCCCCUCGCUGUUCUCGACGUCGUACAGUUCCAGGUGCCGACCAGCAAGCGAGUAGAGAAGAUUGACGAGCAGGUGCUGGCAGUGCUGGAGCACGAUGUCCUCCGAGCUGUCCAUGGAGACGAACGUCACGUGGAAGAGCAGAGGCAGAUGCUCCCGGAAAUCCUCGUCGUUCUCGUACGCGAUCUCCGCUAG